UGUUAAAAAAAUAAAAAUUUAACUUAAUUCUUAUUAAAAUUUACUAUUAUUAUAAAUCUUUUAUUUUUGAUACUGAUAUGAAUCAAACGGAUAAUAUGGGUUACAGGGUUAUAGCUGCUGUUUCAAAGAAUGGAGGUAUUGGCUACAAAGGUAAUUUACCAUGGAAACUUAAAAAGGAAAUGGAAUAUUUCAAUCGUAUGACUACUCUGGUAAAUCAAAAAGGCGUUMAAAAUGCUGUUAUUAUGGGUCGCUGUACUUGGCAAUCAAUUCCAGAUAAAUAUAGACCACUUAAAGGACGAAUAAAUGUAGUAAUCUCCAAAACUUUAAACAGUGUUCCGGAAGGUGUUUUAUUAUAUCCAAAAMUUGAAGAAGCUUUUAAAUCAUUAUAUUUAAAUGAUCAUAUUGAAAACCUUUGGGUAAUUGGUGGUUCAGGUUUGUACAAUGAAGCUGUAAAAGAUAAAAAUUGCAAAAAAUUAUUUAUUACAAAAAUUGAUCAGGAAUACUUGUGUGAUACUUUCUUUCCUGAUUUUGACCCUAAAGAAUUUGAAGAAUCAAAUGAAGCUAAUGUUCCUAAAGGAAUUCAAGAAGAAAAUGGUAUUAAAUAUGAAUUUAAAGUAUUUAAGAGGUUGUGAUGAAAAAUAUAUAGGUAUUUAAAGUUAUUGAUAUAUGAAUAAUAGCCUAAGGUAUCUAUGUAAUUGUGAAUAUAUAAUUAUAUUAUUCAUAAAUAAAAUUAAUAUUUUAUACUUUUUCUCCUGAUAAUGCUUAUUUUGAGUUUUUAAUUUUAGUCUAAAGGUUCCAUCUUACUUAUGUCCUGUCCUUUAGUAAAAGCUUAAGUAAUGAGAGUGAUUGGUUGUAUAGCAUCAUUAUUGUAUAUUUAUAURUGAUUAUUAAAAGUGGCAGGGUGUGAUUAACUCAUUGUAUAAUUUUUCAUURCAACUAAUUAUAAAAKUAAUGCUUUUGCAUAUCAAGUGUUUUCAUUUAAAUUGCACCC